AUGAGGCGUACGGAUGCCAAUAUUGCAAGCAUCAAACCACAAAAAGAUAAAGAUGGUCUAUUCACAGUAAGGUGUCAUUACAAUGGGUUUCUAACUAAUCCACCAGGCAGAGAAUACAAAGGGGGAGAUGUGGUUGCCAUGACCGAUUGUGACCCAGAACAAUGGUCACGAAUCGAAGUUGAUCACUUCACCAAAACAAAGUUGGGGUUAGUUCCUUCAGAGUUAACUUACUUAUUUCUAUACCAUGGGAAGGACAUGGAUGACGGACUUGCAAUGUUAGCUGGCAAUGAUUCUGCAAAUAAAAUGGCUGCUGAAGGAGCAAAAGAAGGUCUGGUCGAUUUGUUCGUUGAAACUAAGGAUGAUGCCGAGGGCGAAUGGAUUCGAAGCAUCCUUACACAAGAAAUUGAUUGUUUAUCACAAAUAUUGAAUGAGCGCAAAGGACAAGGACCCUCACCUCAUAAAGCAAGGAGGAAAGUGGCAGCAGUAAAGAAAAAGUUUGAUAGGAGUAAACUAAAAACAAAGAGGGUAGCAAGACAGGAUAAGCUCUUUGGCCAGGGUGGUGAGAGUAUUUUCCAACUGAUUGAUGAGGAUAUUGAAGCAUCACCCCCAGAAAUUGAGCUUAUUAAGGAAGCACCAAGAUGUGGCCUUGAUACUAUAAUUGGUGAAGGUUGUGAUUUGAUCUCGGAUGUUGAAAGUGUGGAGGAAGCAGAAAUUCGAGAUAUUGGAGGUGGUGUUACUAAUGAUCCUGAGCCAACUGCAGACCAACAAAAUGAACUUGAACCAACUAGUUACAACAGAGAAAAGUUCUUCAGUUCGAUUUUUUUUCUUCAGUUCGAUUUGGGAGUGAUGGCUUCUUAA